AUGUCUCAUUUCAAUGACAUAUCACCAUACACCUACACUGUUAGCACUAACACUGUUUUUGAUGAAACUGCUGCAGCGGAACAAAGCCUUAACCAUGAGAGAAGGCUGAAGAGACUGAUUUCCAACAGGGAAUCUGCACGAAGGUCGCGAAUGCGUAAGAAGAAGCAGAUUCAAGAGCUCAAGCAUGAAGUGGACCAGCUCUACGUUGCAAAUAACCAGCUAUAUGAGAAGCUGAUCCGACUAUUAGAGGUUAACCAGCGGAUUCUUCAGGAAAAUGCUGAGCUAAAAGAGAGAGUUUCUUCCCUUCAAGUCACCUUUACUGAUCUGAUAGAUGUAACCCUUUAA